CACGCGAUCGUACUUUUUUUUUUAAAGAAGAAAAAAAGAAAACCUGCUGCGUCACGUGACCUCUCCCUCACAGAGCCCGACAGACAGCUUCUGACUCGGAGAGAAGAGGAAGGAGAAGAGGAGGACGGAGAAGAAGAAGAGGAGGCAGCGGAGGAGGAGAAGAAGUCUCGAGACCCCCGCGGAGACCCGAGCCGCCAUGGAGCUGCGGGCCGAGCUGCUGAAGUCCAUCUGGCACGCGUUCACGUCGCUGGACCUGGACCGCAGCGGCAAGGUGUCCAAGUCUCAGCUCAAGGUUCUGUCCCACAACUUGUGCACCGUGAUGAAGAUCCCUCACGACCCGGUGGCGCUGGAGGAGCACUUCAAAGACGACGACGAGGGUCCCGUCUCCACGCAGGGCUACAUGCCGUACCUCAACAAGUUCAUCCUGGACAAGGCGACGGCCAACUUUGACCUGCAGGACUUCAACCGCAUGUGCUGGACCUUGAGCUCCAGGAAGAACCUGGACCGCAGCCAGCUGCUCAUCUCCAACGACGACGCCUUCAAGAUCUGGUGCAUCUUCAACUUCCUGUCCGAGGACCGCUACCCGCUGGCCGUGGUCCCCGAGGAGAUCGAGUACUUCCUGCGUAAGCUGACGGAGGCGAUGGGGGGCAGCUGGGUGGAGGAGCGCUACGAGGACUACAAGAUGCAGCUGACCUCCAGUCAGCAGAGCCUGACCGGCUGGGCGCUCAUCGGCCUGGUGGGCUCGGGCCACUUCAGCAAGGGCUCGGAGCGCCAGGCGCUCAGCAUGGGCAUCAACGGGGUCUACCAGGAGCUCAUCAUGGACGUGCUCAAACAGGGCUACAUCCUGAAGAAGGGUCACAAGAGGAAGAACUGGACGGAGCGCUGGUUCACGCUGAAGCCGACCUCCAUCUCGUACUACGUGGCGGAGGACCUGGCGGAGAAGAAAGGAGAGAUCUUAUUGGACGGGAGCUGCGGCGUGGAGCCGCUACCAGAUAAAGACGGAAAGAAGUGCCUGUUCCUCAUCAGGGCGUCACAUAAGAGCUUUGAGAUCAGCGUGUCGGACAAGAAGAAGAAGCACGAGUGGAUUCUGGCCAUCCAGAGCUGCGUGGGCCUGCUCCGUCAGGGCCGGCCGGCGCCGCACCGCGAGGCCCGGCAGAAGCGGCGGGAGCAGCGGCUGAAGCAGCGCGCCGAGCAGGAGGAGCUGGAGCUGAGGAUGAGCGAGCUGCAGUCGGCCAACGAGGCCAAGCAGCUGGAGCUGGAGAACAUGAGGAAGGCUCUGGAGGAGGCGGCGAUUGACGCAGCAGAAGAAGAACGAAGGCGCCUCCAGACCCAAACUGAACUGCAGGACCGCUACAGGACCGACCUGGAGAGAGAGCAGACGGUCCGGAAGCAGAUGGAGGAGCAGGUGGCCCAGAAGUCCACCGAGCUGGAGCAGUACCUGCAGCGGGUCCGCGAGCUGGAGGACAUGUACGGCCAGCUGGAGGACGCCCUGGACAACGAGAAGCGCGCCCGGCAGGAGGAGGAGGCCGUCCGCCGGCUGCAGGCACGGUUGCUGGAGGAGGAGGCCGCCAAGAGGGUGGAGCUGGAGGAGUUCCACCUGCGGCAGCAGCGCGCCCUCUUGGAGACGGAGGCUGAGAAACAGGAGCUGGAGAAGGAGCGCCUGGCCAAGGAGAACGCCCUGCAGGCCGCCAUGACGCAGCUGGAGCAGCUGGAGCAGGAGAGGCACGGGGCGCUGGAGCAGUACCAGACGGUGAUGAAGAAGCUGGAAGACGCGACCAACAAGACCAAGACCUGGAAGCACAAGGUGGCCGAGCACGAGGGCAUGUUACGGCUGAUCCAACCAGGGUCCAAGGGACAGCAGCUGAUCACCAAUUGGGGUCCGGCGGCCUUUUCUGACGCAGAAUUCAGUUCCAGGCAGAAGAAGUGGCAGGAGACCAAGAACCAGGCGACCCAGGCCCAGUAGAGACCCCGUUAGACCUGAACCGGAGAGGACUGACUGGAUGGGGGGGGGGGGGGGGGGGAAUUCAACUGGAUGAUAGUUUCAGGCAUUUUCAACAAACAAACAAAAAGCUCAAGUUAUUAAUAUUAAUAUUCAUCCAUCAUCCACCACAGAUGAAGUCAUUUUGGGCCAAGGAGCAAUCUGAACUCCUCAAAAGUUAAUCCCACAUUUACAAAAUGACUAUUCACAACAACCAGACUCCAUUCAACUUGCAUUUAAAUGAAAUCUGACUUUAAGAUGUGCCGGUUAUGACGGGUCACGAGUGGAAAAGAGUGCCCGCCGCUACCUCUUUAACCUUUUGUAGAUGUCACAUCUAUGACAUGCACUACUUCUGAAACCAGAGUUCAACGCCAGUUGCUCGAGCAUGUUCCAGGUCCACGUUGUUUGGGAAACCGUUGGGACAUAUAAAUAUAAAAAGGGACUUUUUGUACGUACAUUAAUUAUGCUUUCCCCCCCCACGUUCCUUAUUAAAUUAGUCACGCUGCAUGCAGGCAGCAUCAGUAAAGGGUGACAUGUCAUGUAAAGUCCAUGAUGUCCAACAACGUGGUCUUCUAAACAACCUGAACUAUAAUUCAUGUGUAGGCUUCACUAAACAUGUUCUCACUGUUAUAAAAGGUGUUUUAUAGAUUUAUAUCUGUCUAAAAGAACCGCCUCUUAAACAUUUCCUGCUUGUAAAUAGUCAGAAAUAGGGCAUUCGGCUAAAAUCUCACCCACAAUGCUAACGGCAGAACAAUUGUCCCGUGUUGUUGUUGUUGUUGUGUAACCACCAGUGCCUUUGAUAUGGUCAUGAGUGAACAUUGUGAUUUCUAUAUUAUGUUUUUAUAUAAAUAUAUAAAUGUAAAAAUCAAAAGACUGAACUAUGGAGUAAACGUCUUAAAUAACUGGC